AUGGCGGGAACGAAAGCAAAGUCCAUCAGUCCGCGUGACGUAGUGGUUCCAAAGGGUCUAGAAGAGCUACUGGUAAGUACUAAGCUCAAAGGGUACGGCGAGCUUUCAACUGAUCCUGGUCUGCAGUUUGGUAUCGAGAAGCUGAAGCCCAGAAACUUCAUUUCCGGUCGCGAUGACAAGGGCCAUUUCUUCACGAUGCAUUAUGAGCAGUCCGCCGAGAAGGUUCUGAACGAAUACUGCGAGCAACACCGGCUGGGCGUCGUUGGCGUCGACAACCGUCUCAAGAUGCCAGAGCCCAGUAACAUCGUUGCGAUGCUUGGUGCUAUUGGUCACAAGACUGGAUUCGCCCCGCUGGACACGGCACUAGCGGAUAGGCUCGUGAGAUGGUUUCUGCACAAGGUUGGGCCGGAGGCGCUGAAAGCGGACAGUGUAGAUGCCAAGGACAAGAGGAGGUUUCAGAGAAGUGUCGUCAAGCUGCUUGAGGUUGAAGAGCAAGACGAUCAGACGAAUGCUGGUCCGGAUUCAGCAGAGUAUGCCACUUUGGGGGAGGACGGUGCAGAGGGUGAUACUGCGAGUGAGUGAGCGAGCUACUCACCUGUUCAGAGCAAUACUAACCACACUCAGAUGUGGCUGAAGAUGCAGGAGGAGCGCCAGGUACUGUAGCGCAAGGUACUGUAUCACCAGGUACUGCAGCGCAAGGUACUGUAGAACCAGGUACUGUAGCGCCGAGAGAUAUCUCAGCUACCCUCGACCGCAGCUUCGGGAACAACAAUUCAACAUCCGCUAUUCGCACAGCACCUGCGUACCCAGCCCAAGUUCAACCCGUGAUCACUGGCACGGGCUCUGAUGAUCGGGUCAACGACGAGAGUGAGCAGAGCGAUGGCGGACGUCAUUCAACCAAUCACAAAGAUGCCCUGCAACAUUCGAAACGCACGGCCAUGCCAGGUUCUUUCUCCUCCUCUCACGCCACCAUUAAUGAGCCAGCUUCGCAAGCUGCUGCUAAAGACACGGAUGAACAGGCGGAGUCCCACGACCCAGAGCUUCGACGCUUUUUCCAGCUCGGUGAGACAUUAGAUCAGCGAUUCCGACUCUCCUCCGUCAAGAGUGCGCUUCACGAGUGCAACGCGGUGAUGGAGAAGGGAAGCCAAGAUGUCCAGGCGGGGAAAGCGGCGCUGUUCAACCUGAGAGCGGGACUGGGUGAAGCGAUUCAGGCUGUGCGCUCUGAGUUGGCGAAGAAGGAGCAGAAUGUCAAGAACUUGGCGAGCGAGUACGCAGCACACCGUGCGCGUAUCCAGGACUAG